AUGACUUGCCUUGUAAUUUUUAAGUCAGUACAACAAUUCCCUUUCGCUUGUGUCGGUGCUAAAGACCUGCUCUCAGAAUUUGUGCAGACCUUGUACGAUUAUACGCUCGUCGGGCAUUCGUCGGCAGCUCUUCGCAUCUCGUUACCCCCACGAUCUUCCAUCACAUUUAUCGGACUUACGUCUCGAUCGCACUUGCAAUGCGCUCAGGGUUCGGCCAUACUAUUACGUGUCUUGGAAAUCGGGACGGGAGCAGCGCUUCCCAGCAUUGUUGUUGCGCGGCUCUAUCAGGAGCUAAUUUGCACUCUAGCGGACAACAUACAACGAAAUGGAGUAUCCAGGAGCUGUCACGCUUGCAAAGAAUUAUCACAUGUGUCUGGCUUCGACGUGCUGAUCGCUGCAGAUACGUUGUGGGAUCCUGAAUUGCACGGCAUGUUCAUUCAGACGCUCUGUAUGGCACUACGGUGCCCCGAUGCUCGAAUAUACUUAGUCGUCGGAUUGCACAUGGGCAGGUACGCAAUUCAGGCAUUUUGGGGCACUCUCACAGGUGCCGGACUCGAAGUCGAGAAAACGACAGAACGGGAUGUGGACGGCGGUGAUCGCCGUGCGAGAAAUGUUGAGAGGGCCGACAGAGAGACACAGCAGGACAAGAGACGAUGGGUUAUCUUGAUGGCGUUGAGGUGA